UCUGAGGGAGAGAGAGAGGAGACAUCAAGGGGGUGUAAUUCAAUUGACAGGGCAACUGGGAGGCAUUGUCCCCUGUACUGAGAGGAGCACACAGGGAAGCGCAGCCCAGCAGCAGCUCUGCUCCAACCUUGCUCUAGUUUGGAAAGUUGCAGAAGGAAAGGCCCCGCCCCUCAGCCGCCUGGUUUCUCCGCCCCCUCCGCCGGCCGAAGUUAAAAUGAGCAGCGCCCACCCGAGGCUCACCCAGAGCGGGACCGCGGCAGCAGGAGCAGCAGUGCCCGGGGCGGACCCAGCAGAGAUGCCGGCCACAGAGAAGGACCUGGCGGAGGACGCGCCAUGGAAGAAGAUCCAGCAGAACACCUUCACCCGCUGGUGUAACGAGCACCUGAAGUGCGUCAACAAGCGCAUCGCUAAUCUGCAGACCGACCUGAGCGACGGCCUGCGACUCAUCGCCCUGCUGGAGGUGCUGAGCCAGAAGAAGAUGUACCGCAAGUACAACCAGAGACCCACCUUCCGUCAGAUGCAGCUGGAGAACGUGUCGGUGGCCCUGGAGUUCCUGGACCGUGAGAACAUCAAGCUGGUGUCCAUAGACAGUAAAGCCAUUGUGGAUGGAAACCUCAAACUCAUCCUGGGUCUUAUCUGGACCCUUAUUCUGCAUUAUUCAAUCUCCAUGCCAAUGUGGGAUGAAGAGGAGGAUGAAGAGGUCAAGAAACAGACACCAAAACAGAGGCUCCUGGGAUGGAUCCAGAACAAACUGCCUCAGCUCCCCGUCACCAACUUCAGCAGGGACUGGCAAAGUGGCAGAGCUCUGGGUGCCCUUGUCGACAGCUGCGCUCCUGGUCUGUGCCCUGACUGGGACUCUUGGGACACCAGCAAGCCCGUCGACAAUGCACGUGAAGCCAUGCAACAGGCUGACGACUGGUUGGGAAUUCCUCAGGUGAUCACUCCUGAGGAAAUUGUAGACCCGAAUGUAGACGAGCACUCAGUCAUGACCUACCUGUCCCAGUUCCCAAAGGCCAAGCUGAAGCCUGGAGCUCCCCUCAGGCCCAAGCUGAACCCCAAGAAGGCCAGAGCCUACGGGCCAGGUAUUGAGCCAACUGGUAACAUGGUGAAAAAGCGUGCAGAGUUCACUGUAGAGACCAUCAGCGCUGGGCUUGGAGAAGUCAUCGUUUACGUGGAGGAUCCUGCAGGACACCGAGAAGAGGCUAAAGUCACUGCCAACAACGACAAGAACAGAACCUUCUCAGUGUAUUACAUUCCUAAAGUGACUGGUUUACACAAGGUUACUGUCCUCUUUGCUGGGCAGCACAUUGCCAAGAGCCCAUUUGAGGUGACUGUGGACAAGUCUCACGGGGAUGCUAGUAAAGUCACUGCACAGGGACCUGGUCUAGAGCCUGUCGGAAACAUUGCAAACAAAACCACCUUCUUUGAGAUCUUCACUGCAGGUGCUGGUAUGGGUGAAGUAGAAGUGAUCAUACAGGACCCAAACGGACGGAAAGAUACAGCAGAUAUGCAGCUGGAGGAUAAAGGUAGCAGCACAUACCGCUGCACCUACAAGCCCACCAUUGAAGGCGUCUACACCAUUUAUAUCACAUUUGGUGGUGUGCAGAUUCCCAAGAGUGCUUACACCGUCACUAUUGGUCAAGCUUCAAAUCCUACUGCCUGUCGCGCUGUGGGCCGUGGCUUGCAGCCAAAGGGUGUGCGUGUAAAGGAGACGGCGGAUUUCAAGGUCUACACCAAAGGAGCCGGAAGUGGAGAACUCAAAGUUGUGGUCAAGGGACCAAAGGGAACAGAGGAACGUGUUAAACAGAAGGACUUGGGAGAUGGCGUCUAUUAUUUUGAAUACUAUCCAGCAACUCCUGGAAACUACACGGUGACCAUCACAUGGGGAGGACAGAACAUCCCGCGAAGUCCAUUUGAGGUCAAGGUUGGCACAGAAUGUGGGCAGCAGAAAGUACGAGCAUGGGGUCCUGGCCUUGAAGGAGGAGUCGUUGGAAAAUCUGCUGACUUUGUAGUUGAAGCUAUUGGAGAUGAUGUGGGCACUCUAGGGUUUUCUGUGGAAGGUCCCUCACAAGCCAAGAUUGAGUGUGAUGAUAAAGGCGAUGGGUCUUGUGAUGUGCGAUACUGGCCUCUGGAAGCUGGAGAAUACGCCGUACAUGUCCUGUGCAACAAUGAAGACAUCAAGCUGAGCCCCUUCAUGGCAGAAAUCAAACCAGCCCCCAAAGAUUUCUAUCCGGAGAAAGUGAAAGCCUAUGGCCCUGGUCUGGAGAAGUCUGGACUUGCCAUCAAUAAGCCAGCAGAGUUCACAGUUGAUGCCAAACAAGGAGGAAAGGCGCCCCUUAAAGUGUCUGUGCAGGAUUCAGAAGGAAACCCUGUGGACGUUACCACAAAGGAUAAUGGCAAUGGAACCUACAGCUGCAGCUAUACACCAAAGAAACCAUUGAAACACACAGCCGUGAUAUCCUGGGGUGGAGUGAACAUUCCUAAUAGUCCUUUCAGGAUGACUAUUGGUGCUGGCAGCCACCCCAACAAAGUUAAGGUUUAUGGACCUGGUGUUGCUAAAACCGGCUUGAAAGCGCAUGAGCCCACCUAUUUUACUGUGGAUUGUACAGAGGCUGGACAAGGGGAUGUGAGCAUUGGAAUCAAAUGUGCUCCUGGAGUUGUGGCUCCAGCUGAAGCCGACAUAGACUUUGACAUCAUCCGUAAUGACAACGACACGUUCACGGUGAAGUACACCCCACCAGGAGCUGGAAGCUAUACCAUCAUGGUUCUCUUUGCAGGCCAGGCCACACCAAUGAGCCCCAUCCGCAUUAAAGUUGACCCAUCUCAUGAUGCUAGUAAAGUGAAGGCUGAGGGGCCAGGACUGAACAAGAGUGGUGUUGAAAUCGGCAAGCCUACCCAUUUCACAGUGAACACCAAAGCAGCCGGCAAAGCGAAACUAGAUGUGAACUUUACCGGCCCGGCCAAAGGAGAUGCUGUGAAGGACUUUGAAGUCAUUGACAACCUUGACAACUCACAUACUGUCAAAUACACACCAGUGCAGCAGGGUAAUAUUGGUGUAAACGUGACCUAUGGAGGAGACCAUAUUCCCAAGAGCCCAUUCCCUGUUAACAUUGCCCAAACUCUGGACCUCAGCAAGAUCAAAGUUUCUGGACUUGGAGACAAGGUGGAAGUUGGAAAGGACCAGGAGUUUACAGUGAAGUCUAAAGGUGCCGGAGGACAAGGCAAAGUGGCUUCUAAAAUCACCGGCCCAUCCAACAAAUCUGUUCCUUGCAAAGUAGAACCAGGUCUGAGUCCGGAUAAUAGCACUGUGAAGUUCAUACCUCGGGAAGAAGGACCUUACGAAGUGGAGGUUACAUACGAUGGAGUACCAGUACCCGGCAGUCCUUUCCCUGUUGAAGCAGUUCCACCAACAAAUCCUUCAAAGGUUAAGGCUUAUGGGCCUGGGCUGAAGGGAGGAAGUGUAGGUUCUCCAACCCCAUUCACCAUAGACACUAAAGGUGCUGGCCAAGGAGGACUUGGAUUGACUGUUGAAGGUCCAUGUGAAGCGAAGAUUGAAUGCCUAGACAACGGCGAUGGAACUUGCUCUGUAUCCUAUUUGCCUACUGAACACGGCGACUACAACAUCAAUAUUCUUUUUGCUGAUACCCAUAUACCUGGAUCUCCAUUCAAGGCGAAGAUUGAGCCUUCCUUUGACCCGACCAAGGUGACUUGUUCAGGCCCUGGUUUAGAACAUGCCCAGGUUGGCGAAGCUGGCAAAUUUAAUGUGGACUGCUCCAAUGCUGGCAAUGCAGAGUUGACUAUUGAAAUAAUUUCGGACACUGGCAUGCAGGCUGAGGUCCAUAUCCAAGACAAUGGAGAUGGAACAUAUACUAUUACCUAUAUUCCACUUUACCCUGGAAUCUAUACCAUUACUAUCAAAUAUGGUGGUCAAAUGGUGCCCAACUUCCCCAGCAAACUGCAAGUGACUCCAGCAGUUGAUACAUCUGGUGUUAAGGUGUUUGGACCUGGAGUUGAAGGAAAAGGUGUUUUCAGAGAAGCAACUACAGAAUUCAGUGUGGAUGCCCGGGCUCUGACCAAAAAUGGAGGUCCACAUGUCAAGACCAGGGUAUCAAAUCCUUCUGGCAAUUUCACUGAAGCCUACGUACAGGAUAAUGGGGAUGGUACAUACAAAGUGGAGUAUACUCCUUAUGAAGAAGGUGUUCACUCUGUAGAUGUGUCUUACAAUGGAAGUCCUGUACCCAAGAGUCCAUUCCGGGUUCCCGUGACAGAAGGUUGUGACCCAUCUAGAGUCCGAGUCCAUGGUCCUGGUAUCCAAAGUGGAACAACAAACAAGCCCAACAAAUUUACUGUUGAAACAAGGGGUGCUGGUACAGGGGGUCUGGGCUUGGCUGUUGAAGGUCCAUCUGAAGCAAAGAUGUCCUGCACAGACAAUAAAGAUGGCAGCUGCUCAGUGGAAUAUAUCCCAUAUGAGCCUGGCACUUACAGCCUUAAUGUCACAUAUGGUGGACACCAGGUUCCAGGCAGUCCAUUCAAGGUUCCCGUUACUGAUGUCAUCGAUAGCAGCAAGGUGAAAUGUUCUGGUCCUGGACUGAGCCCAGGUCUUGUAAGGGCAAAUGUCCCACAGUCCUUCAGUGUAGACACAAGUAAAGCAGGGGUUGCUCCAUUGCAAGUUAAAGUCCAAGGUCCAAAAGGUAAGUUGCUGCAGAGAUGUAAAUGCAGUUCUUUUCUUUGUGUUCCUGGUGGGUAUUUCAGCUCAUUUUGUUUUGUAGGAAUUGUUGAACCUGUGGAAAUUGUUGACAAUGGAGAUGGAGUUCAGACCGUUAACUAUGUGCCCACCCGUGAAGGACCAUACAACAUUGCAGUUCUGUAUGGAGAUGAAGAAGUGCCACGCAGUCCAUUCAAAGUAAAAGUUCUGCCCACUCAUGAUGCCAGUAAGGUAAAAGCUAGUGGCCCAGGAUUGAAUACAACCGGUGUCCCUGCCAGUCUGCCUGUGGAAUUUACUAUUGAUGCCAAGGAUGCUGGAGAGGGUCUCCUUGCAGUUCAGAUAACGGAUCCUGAAGGAAAACCCAAGAAGGCCACUAUCCGUGACAAUCAAGAUGGGACUUACACGGUGUCCUAUGUGCCUGACAUGACUGGGCGCUACACUAUUCUCAUCAAAUACGGAGGGGAUGAGAUUCCAUAUUCACCUUAUCGCAUCCGUGCCGUGCCAACAGGCGAUGCCAGCAAAUGCACAGUGACAGGUGCUGGCAUUGGACCCACUAUCCAGAUUGGUGAAGAGACUGUAAUAACAGUUGAUGCCAAGGCUGCCGGAAAGGGUAAAGUGACGUGUACAGUGUGCACACCAGACGGCACUGAAGUGGAUGUAGAUGUCGUAGAAAACGAAGAUGGAACUUUUGAUAUCUUCUACACGGCACCUCAGCCUGGCAAAUAUGUCAUUUGUGUGCGCUUUGGUGGGGAACACAUCCCGAACAGCCCCUUCCAAGUUACAGCUCUGGACGGCGAGCAAAUGAUGCCUCAGCAGAUGGCUCAGCAGCAGUUAGCCCCACCUUACGCAUACCCGGGCAUGCAGCAACCCUGGGCUACAGAUCGCCCUGUAAUGGGAGUGAAUGGACUGGAUGUUGCAGGAUUGAGACCAUUUGACCUGGUUAUUCCCUUCACUAUCAAAAAAGGAGAGAUCACAGGAGAAGUCCGUAUGCCUUCUGGGAAAGUGGCCAAACCUGACAUCACAGAUAACAAAGAUGGAACAGUCACGGUCAGAUAUGCUCCUACAGAAGCUGGCCUUCAUGAGAUGGACAUCAAGUAUGAUGGCAUGCACAUACCAGGAAGCCCCCUGCAGUUCUACGUGGAUUACGUCAACAGUGGCCAUGUUACCGCCUACGGCCCGGGAUUGAUACAUGGCACAGUGAAUAAGCCUGCGGUGUUCACAGUGAAUACCAAAGAUGCUGGUGAAGGUGGUUUGUCACUGGCCAUCGAAGGUCCUUCCAAGGCCGACAUCAGUUGCACAGACAACCAGGAUGGAACAUGUACCGUGUCCUAUCUUCCCGUCCUCCCUGGAGACUAUAACAUCCUUGUUAAAUAUAACAACAAGCAUAUCCCCGGCAGCCCUUUUGUUGCCAAAAUCACUGGUGAUGACACCAUGCGCAUGUCCCAGCUCAAGGUUGGUUCUGCUGCUGAUAUCCCACUCAAUAUCACUGAGACUGAUAUAAGUCAACUGACUGCUACUGUGACCUCUCCUUCUGGAAGGGAAGAACCAUGUCUUCUCAAGAGGCUCCGCAAUGGACACAUAGGGAUAUCUUUUGUGCCGAAGGAGACUGGAGAACACCUUGUUAGCAUCAAGAAACAUGGCCAUCAUAUCCCCAAUAGUCCCAUCACUGUAAUGAUCAGCCAGUCAGAGAUCGGUGAUGCAAGUCGCGUGAUUGUCUCUGGCAAGGGCCUAACUGAAGGAAGAACAUUUGAGCCGGCGGAGUUCAUCAUUGAUACGAGAGAAGCAGGUUAUGGAGGUCUUAGCCUUUCCAUUGAGGGUCCCAGUAAAGUAGAUAUCAACACAGAAGACUUAGAAGAUGGAACGUGCAAAGUAACGUACUGUCCGACUGAGCCUGGAAACUAUAUCAUCAACAUAAAGUUUGCUGACCAGCAUGUGCCAGGUAGUGCAUUCUGUGUCAAAGUCACAGGAGAAGGAAGGAUGAAGGAGAGCAUCACUCGUAGAAGAACGGCACCAUCUGUGGCAAAUAUUGGAAGUCAGUGUGAUCUUAGCCUGAAAAUACCUGAAAUCAGCAUUCAUGACAUGACUGCUCAGGUCACAAGUCCAUCUGGCAAGGUUCAUGACGCAGAAAUAAUGGAAGGCGAAAACAACACUUACUGCAUCCGAUUUGUCCCUACUGAAAUGGGCGUUCACACAGUCAGUGUCAAGUACAAGGGGCAGCAUGUUCCUGGAAGUCCUUUCCAGUUCACCGUAGGACCCUUGGGUGAAGGUGGUGCACAUAAAGUCCGAGCUGGUGGACCAGGCCUGGAGAGAGCAGAGGUUGGAACUCCAGCUGAGUUCAGUAUUUGGACAAGAGAGGCUGGUGCUGGAGGUCUAUCCAUCGCAGUGGAGGGUCCAAGCAAAGCGGAAAUUGCUUUUGAGGAUCGGAAAGAUGGCUCAUGUGGCGUGUCCUACAUCGUUCAGGAGCCCGGGGAUUAUGAAGUCUCCGUCAAGUUCAAUGAUGAGCACAUCCCAGACAGUCCAUUUAUUGUUCCAGUGGGUUCUACAUCAGACGACGCUCGCCGACUCACUGUUUCUAGUCUUCAGGAGUCAGGGUUAAAGGUCAACCAGCCAGCCUCUUUUGCAGUAAGUCUUAAUGGUGCCAAAGGGGUUAUCGAUGCCAAAGUGCACAGCCCUUCAGGGGCAUUGGAGGAAUGCUUUGUGACAGAAAUUGAUGAAGAUAAAUAUGCUGUACGCUUCAUUCCUCGCGAGAACGGCUUGUAUCUGGUUGAUGUUAAAUUCAAUGGUUCCCACAUCCCUGGCAGUCCAUUUAAAGUUCGUGUUGGAGAGCCAGGGCAAGCUGGAGAUCCAGGAAUGGUGUCGGCAUAUGGAGCUGGAUUAGAAGGUGGCACCACUGGAAAUCCUGCAGAGUUUAUAGUGAACACCACAAAAGCGGGAGCUGGAGCUCUGACUGUGACAAUCGAUGGACCAUCCAAAGUCAAAAUGGAUUGCCAAGAGUGUGCAGAGGGCUACAAAGUCACUUACACACCCAUGGCUCCUGGUAGCUACCUGAUCUCCAUAAAAUAUGGUGGACCUUAUCAUAUUGUUGGAAGUCCAUUCAAAGCAAAAGUUACUGGGCCUCGCCUGGUGACGAGCCACAGUCUCCACGAGUCGUCCUCAGUCUUUGUAGAUUCUGUUACAAGAACGGAGGCCUUCACACAGCAAGGAGCCCUUCCGAAGGUGUCGUCAGAUGCAAGCAAAGUAGUGGCCAAAGGUCUUGGUUUGAACAAAGCCUUUGUCGGCCAGAAGAAUUCCUUCACCGUAGACUGCAGCAAAGCCGGUAAUAACAUGCUGCUUGUCGGGGUUCACGGACCAAAGACCCCAUGUGAAGAAAUUGUAGUGAAGCAUCUUGGAAACCGGUUGUACAGUGUUACGUACCUCCUGAAGGACAAGGGGGAUUACAUCCUGGUCGUCAAGUGGGGAGACGAGCACAUUCCAGGCAGCCCUUACCACGUGUCUGUGCCUUAAACCGCCACGUCGUUCGCCCUUGUCCUGAUCCUAAACCUCCUUACCCUCUGUGUGCGUGUCUAAUGUACAGUCUCCCUACUCCCAACAGCCCCCCCCUUCCCAAUGUGACAGGUUGGCUCGGGUUUGUGUGUGAGGGGGGGGGUUAAAAUUUGCUUAGCUGGUUCCAAGUUGCAGUGACCAUAUUAACCCCUGUGGCACUGAAGGGGCACGGUGUCGGUGGGUGCAUCUGGUCAUAUUAUGGGGAAGAGGGGAUGCUCAGACAUGUAGGAGCGCAGCCCUGGGGUGAAAUUGACACUUAUUUUAUAAUCCUUUUGCGGCGGCUGCUAUAAAACAAUUGCUCUAGGUCUAUCCCUUGCCCUCGAAGGGCUGCUUUUAUAUGCCACAUGCUCCCGUGUGCUGUUCUGUCCCCUGUACUUGUUUACAUUUCUUUCGUAAUCCUGUCGUAAGGCAUAAGGGAUCUCCGAGAUGGCAAUAGAUGUCUUAUGGGAGGGCAGGAGACCUAAUGGAGCAGCCUGUAAAUCCCGUAAAAAAAAAUCUAUUUUGGUGCAAUGGAUUAAACAUAAAAAAACCUACUAAACAUUUAAAGCAACCACUACCUGUAAGAAUCCGGAAGUUUGUGCAGGCCCAAUUCAUCCACCUUCAUUUUUUUUAUUUUUUUGCAGCAGAAUAUUUAGGUGGGGGUCCCGACUUGCCCUUCCACCCCCACCCUCCUUAGUGUUAUACUGUAUGUAUGUUUCAGUGUCGUCAUAAGAUUGGGUUACUUCUGAGAAGAUACUUCAUUGGGCUGAUAAGCUGGUUCACCUUCCAAAGGUCAAUCCCAAUUGGAUUGCUUCCAGUUAACCAAAUCUUGUCCUUUUUCUAAAGGUUUUUUGUUUUUUUUUGUGCACGACUACAGUACUUUGCUCUUAACGAUAACAAUAAAAUUCUGCUUUUAAUCUUC